CUUUUUUUUUUUUGCUAAACAACAAAAAAAACAUAAAAAAUCUAGAAAACUUGUUAAACAGUUUGAAAUAUUUUUAGAUGACCGAAAAGGAUAACGUCUCAAUGGCUACAGUACAAAUGAAGCCCGAUUAUGCAGCCAGCGAGGUUUAUAGCACGGCCAGCGAACCGCCACCGCUGGGAUUUUUUAACUUUAAUCAUCAGGCCUACAAGCGUCAAGCGAAUUCGGUGAAAAUUGCCAAGAUAACCGCCUUUACCAUUAUAGUAUCCUCCUUUAUAUUGGGUGCCUUCAUUUUGGCCUCAUCAUAUCUGCAGGCCAAGGCCUCAUGUGAUCAGGUUCAGGCCUUGGAUUCGGUGCUAGAGAAGGAGCUAAUGCUGGAGACUCUGCAGCAGGUGAAUAAGGAACUACCACGCGCUGAACCGUUGUUGGGAUCUGCUGGAACUGGCGACGAUUCCGAUUUGCAGAAUCUUGAACAAGAUGGCAAGAAAACUGAUAGCACUUCAGAUGCAUCCGAUCAUCACGAUAAGGAUAAUUCCUAUUCGGAUAGCGAUGAGACUGAAGAAAUGCAAAAGUAUCCCGGAAAAAUGCCGCUUGAGCUGGACUUGAGCGAUUUGGCAGCGGCUAUAUUGCGUAAUAACAAGAAAUCCCGCAUGAACUGUGUGGUUGAGCGUAAACAUGCCGAGGAGAUUGUCGAUUCACCAUCGAAGACUGUUGCUUUGCCAUUCGGUGUUAAUUUGACAACCGAUCCCAAGAAGGCACGCAUCACUGGCGAACGUAUUUCCAUUUUCUGUGAUGGCGGCGAUGAUAGCAAGGAGGAACAGGAGAAGCAAGAGAAGCGUAUGCGCGAGGAAGAAGAGGAUUCCGAGGAGGAUGCCGAACCAUUGCGUCCCAUGUUCAUUCCAUUCCAGCGUGUACCAAUUCCAUUUGGACGUAUGCCCGAACAGAUGCCCUUGACCCAUAUGCCCCAGCGUAUGAUGCCCCCAGCCAUGCAGAUGCAUCAAUUGCAACAGCAACAGCUGCCCCAGCAGGGACCAAUCAUCAUUCGUCAGUUGCCACCUCCAUUCCAGCAUUUGCCCAUGCGCCCACCAAUGCCACCACCACAGCAGGUGAUGCAGGCCCCACGCAUGGAAUCCUCGGAGGAGCAGCAACAGCCAAAGAUCCAAACCGUGCGCAUUCAUAUGCAACAAUUGCCCUUCCGUGAAAUCCACAUGGCCAACGAUGAGCCAAUCCAAAGAGUCCCAGAACCUCAGCAGCAGCAACAGCAGCCCCAGAUCCAAAUCCAGCACAUGCCCUUGGGCAUGGCCCUGCAACGUGUCGGCAUUACUGCCGAUGAUUUGCGUAACAUUCAGCGCAUUGCCGAGGAUCGCAUUACCAAUGAAUUGCGUCGCCUUGCCGGCGAGGAGGCAGCCGAUUCCGCUGAGGGCAGUAGCUCUAGUUCCAGCGAGGAGGAUGAUCAACCACAAUUGGCCAAUUCCUCAUCGUCCGCAUCAUCAUCUGGCGAGCAGAUCAGCACCACUCCAGCCCAACCUGAGCAGGAGCAGCGUGAGCAUGAAUCCAAUGAGCAACAGCCACAGCAACCGUCGGAGCAUCAACAGCCACCACAAUUGCACAUCCAACGCCUCAUCCUGCAGCCUCUGCCCGAACAGCCACGUGACACCAUGACCCCACCCAUGCCCGAACAGCCACCACAACAAUUGCAAUUCGGACGCAUGGUCUAUGGACGCAGUCUGGCCCAGCCGGUGCGCAUUCCCGUGCCCAUGAUGCAGCAGAUUGAGGGUGGACCAGUUGCAGCUAAUGAAGAGUCGCAGCGACCACACUUCGUCCAGCCUCGUUCCGUUUAAGUAACAACAACACCAAGCCUGUGAUUGCUGCUCUGCGAAUUGAAUCGAAUCUCGACGAGGAUGUCCGAUGUCUCUCUCACUCCAAGCUCUAAUCUUUUGUCUCUCUAUCUAUGUCUCUUGCUUUCGCUGUCCUCUCAAUCAAAAACAAGAAAAUUUUAAUCAAAAAAUGAUAAAACAAAAAAAAAAAUAUGAAUAUUAAUUAAUUUUUUGUAACUAUAUAUAUGUCGUCUUCCGUGUCUCGAUUUGUAUUUUGUUUUUAGUAGCAGCCUCCUUCUUUCCCCCUACCCCUCCUCCUAUCCUACCAAUCAAGACGCCAAAAGUGUAAUGAGAAAUAUAAAUUAAAAUAUGUAUACACAAA